AUGUUUCAGAUUCCAGUGGCAAAUCUCGACAACAUCAGGAAGGUACGAAAAAAGGUGAAAGGCAUUCUUUUGGAUAUCGGGCUUGACAACUGCAGGGAGUUACUCAAGGACCUUAAACCCUUUGAUCCAGGAGAAAAGUACUUCCAUAACACAUCAUGGGGAGAUGUUGCUCUCUGGGAACCUUCUGCAAAGAAAAUGAGAUAUCGGACAAAACCUUAUUGCUGUGGUCUCUGCAAAUAUUCCACAAAGGUGCUGACAUCUUUCAGAAAUCAUUUGCAUCGUUACCAUGAAGAUGAAAUUGAUCAGGAACUAGUGGUCCCAUGCCCAAGCUGUGUGUUUGUGUCUCAGCCCAAGGUGGUGGGCAAGCACAUGAGGGUCUUCCACCCUCCUGCCCGCAGAGCCCCCAUUGGAGGGGAUGGAAAGCCCUCUAGGAGUGAGGUCCUAAGUUUUACGUGUUUGAAGUGUAACUUCUCAGAUACCUUGUACUACAGCAUGAAGAAGCACGUACUUGUGGCCCAUUUCCACCACCUCAUCAAUGCCUACUUCGGCCUGUGGUCUGAGGAUGGGGCCCCACAGUCCAAGGGCGGGGACCCUCCUCCUGAGAAGAUGCCGGCACCUGACAGGUACUUCUGUAAGAAGUGCAGUGCCUACGCUAGCAGCCAGGAUGCACUCAUGUACCACAUCUUGACCUCAGAGAUGCACAGGGACCUGGAGAACAAGCUGAGAUCUGUCAUUUCAGAACACAUGAAGAAAACAGGACUUCUGAAGCAGAUGAACAUUGCUCCCAAACCAGCUGCACAUCUUACCCUGUCCCCGAACCCUAGCACCCCAGGCCUUCCAGCGACACCACCAUGCUUCCACCUCUCCUUGCCCCACAGCAGUCACAGCCAAACUCUUGUUCAGCCUAUGUCUGUGGCCACAGGCACUUCUGGGGGGCUCACUCCCACGGCCCCUCCUUCAGCAGCCCAGUCUCAGGUGACGCUCGUUUCCAGCCCACUGCCGGUGGGCCACAAUGGCCUGGCCUUGCAGUCCCCUGUCCCCCAGCCUGUCUUUAUGUCCCAGGGUGUUCCGCUCAGUCAGCCACUCAACCCUGCUGUCCUGCCCCUCAGCCAGCCUGUGGGACCAGCAGCCAGCCCUGCUGACACAGGCAUUCUUCCCAUGAACCCCACUAUCGGCCCAGGGAUACUGCCCCUCAGCCAGCCUGCAGGACCUCUCAACAGGCCUGCCAGGUCUGGAGUCCUUCCAGGGAGCAGACCUCCUGGGCCUGGGGCUCCUGCUGUGGGGCACAGUGCGCCUGGGGUCCUGCAGGCUGUCUCCCCAGGCAUGCUCCCUGUGGGCCACACCGGGCCUACUGCCCUUCUUCCUGCACACACGGCGUCACCUGGGGUCCUGCCUGCCGGCCAGAUGGUCCAAUCAGGGGUGCUUCCCAUGGGCCAGACAGCACCUCCAGGCAUGCUCCAUGCCAGGCUGACUGUUCCAGCCCGGGCGCUCCCCUCUGGCCAGACAGUCCCACUGCGGGUCCUCCCUGCCGGCCACAAGGCCACAUCUGGGGUCCUUCCUGCAGGCCAAGUAAUCCCAUCGGGGCUGCUUCCUCCCUCCCAGGCUGUCCCAUCAGGAGUUCUGCCUGUGGGUCAGAGUGUGAACUCUGGUGUCCUGCAGCUUGGCCAACCUGUUGUGUCGGGUGUCCUCCCAGUAGGUCAGCAGGUGCGGCCCGGUGUCCUGCAGCUUGGCCAGUCUGUCAGCACCAGUCUCCUGCCUGUCAGUCAGACUGUCCGGCCCAGUGCUGCACCUAGCACCACAUUUCUGACUUCAGGCUCCAUCCUUCGACAGCUCAUCCCCACAGGGAAGCAGGUGAAUGGCAUCCCCACCUACACACUGGCUCCUGUCUCUGUCACCCUACCCGUGCCUCCGGGAGGUGUCCCAGCCACCACGCCGCCCCAGAUGCCCCUCCAGCUUUUGCAACCUGGAACAGCUGGCCUGCCCCCACCGCCCAUAGUGGUGACCACCCCUCAGAGCGUGUUUGUUCAGGCCUCGUCAUCUGUGUCGGAGUCCAGCCAGGCACUCAGGCAGGCCAAGCAGUGGAAGACCUGCCCUGUGUGCAACGAGCUCUUUCCCUCCAACGUGUACCAGGUGCACAUGGAGGUGGCCCACAGGCAUGGUGAGGCCACACCCAGUGAGAGGCUAGAGCCCGAGAAGCUGGCAGCCUGCGCACCGUUUCUUAAGUGGAUGAAGGAGAAGACUGUGCGCUGCCUGUCCUGUAAGCGCCUGGUCCCUGAGGAGGAGCUCAUUCGCCACCUGCUGACCCAUGGCCUGGGCUGCUUGUUCUGCCCCUGCACCUUCCACAACCUCAGGGCCCUCUCGGAGCAUGGCCGCACUAAACACCUGGGCAAGAAGCGGCUGCCCAUGGACUACGGCAGCCGGGGCUUCCAGCUGGCUGUGGACACCAGCGGCAGCCUGAUGUUUCCUCACAUCGACUUUGUUACUCUCCUGCCCAAAGAUGAGCUGGGUGAACGGGAGGUGUACCUGGCCGUGCUGGCUGGAAUCCACUCCAAGGCACUGGUACCUGUCUACAUCAAGGUGCGGCCGCUGAGUGAGAGCACCGCCAACAGCCCUAGUCAGCCGGUACUCACCUGUCCCUUCUGCUUUGUGGCCUCUGUCACCCCCGAGGCCUAUGAGGGGCACCUGAAGGAGCGGCACCACAUCAUGCCAACCGUGCACACUGUCCUCAAGUCACCUGCCUUUAAAUGCAUCCACUGCUGUGGUGUCUAUACCGGGAACAUGACCCUGGCUGCCAUUGCUGUCCACCUGCUGCGCUGCCGCAGUGCACCCAAAGACAGAGGAGGCUCGGACCUGCAUCUGCAGCCUGGCUUCAUCGACAACAGCGGCUUGCUCCUGGUCAAUGGGGAUGUGCUCCACGAGCCUAGCUUCACCAUGAAGAGGAAGCUGCCUGAUGGCCAUGCUGGUUUCGACGAGCCGAGGACACCAGAGCAGCAGCCUCUGGUUGUGGAUGCCAGUCUGGUUUCUGCAGUAGACAAGGCGUCCAACAUCCUGCCUUUCAAGAGACAGAGGAAUGAGGGCAGGACAGAUGGGCUGCUAAUCAGUGAGGAGGCACUACAGAUCCUUGCCCUGAAUCCCAGGGAAUAUGAGGAUCGGUCCUAUGAGGAGAAGAAGCAGUUCCUGCGAGAUUACUUCCAUCAGAGGCCCUAUCCCAGCAAGAAGGAGAUUGAACUCCUGUCCUCGCUCUUGUGGGUGUGGAAGAUUGACGUGGCUUCUUUUUUUGGCAAAAGAAGAUACAUUUGCAUGAAAGCAAUAAAAAGUCACAAAUCUUCUGUACUUUUAGGUUUUGACAUGUCUGAACUGAAAAAUGUUAAACACAAAUUGAACUUUGAGUGUGGACCACACAACUUGUAG